AUGGUGAACUGGACUCUGGCACAUUUUCAGAUAGCUUAUUGGUCGACACCCGUAAGACGUCGAUUAGUUAAAAUUAUUGCAAACGUAUACGGUAGUCGUAAGUUGAAUUGCUUCCUAAAAAUGUCUGAUAAAGACCAUUCAAAACUGGAAUUUUGACGAAGUUUGUUAUACUGAAUCGGCGGUACGAUUACUGGAGAUUGCACAUCUUUGAAUAAUUACUGAUUAGUGAUCCGGAUAUUUCCUAAUUCCUUUCGACACAUCUUCGUACUAUUUAAGACAAAAGUCCGCCCUUAUUUCUAAAAAAUUUACAAUUUUACAUUUGGAGUCGACUAGACGCACUUAUCUUGUGACGCGGUUGCCUUAUAAAUUUUCCUGAUCUUAUAAUGAAAAUUUAGUAAUACUGAUCCUCCCGCAAAAUAUCUCUCUACCCUGCGCGGGAGAUAGCCUGGUAGGGAUUGCUGUGAUGGCUGCAGACUGUUUCAAGCACGCCUUUAAAUUAUAUAUGCCUUUACAGCUGAUAUUUGUUCUGCAAUCAGUACCUUCCACAUGUGGAAGCUAAACAAACCUGUCGGUAUGUUACUAUACUGUCGGGUUAGUUUAGAGAGGCUUUCAUAGAUUCUUAGUUCAUCAGAACCUCUGUAACUCAUCGCAGCUGGAUAUUAAUAAUGAUAUGUAAACAUCUGUGUUUAAUAGGAAAUUUCCUACUAAGCACAAAUGUAUCCACGACAAUUAAUUGCCAUGUUUUGAAUGUCUGGAAAUAGUCAAAAAUAAAAACAAGUGAUAUGACAAUAAGACCGCGGAAAUAAAGAAGUCCGGUUAAGCUAUAUUUAAUGACUAUUCAUUGGAGACCUUAGCUUCUAAGUACCUGCAUAAUUAUGCAGGUACUAUGUUCAGGAAAAGACAAGGGAGACGGUCGCAAUUUUAGGCUAUCAUCAAUAAGCUUUCUGUAACCAACAAAAUUAAAGAUACCAGUUCCUGAAAGCAGGCAACCUUACCAAUACAAGGAUUGUGGACAGGCUAACACGAGGUAACUGCCUGCCAUGAGUCACCCGAAAAUGAACUAAAGAGACUGGGGCUUUUAUUUUUAUGUUCCUGAAUAAGUUAUUCGCCGUUACUUUUUAGUCACUUCCAGGAUUUGCCACUGGAGAAGUAUUUAUUUAAAAUGCUAUUUUAAUCUUUUCUUUUGAUAUUUAAAAUCUCCAUCAACACGACUUUGGUUUGCGAUUUUCCGAAUCACUACUAUUUUCGGCCAUUCUAUAAUUCCCGAACCAACGACUUCUAGGCGCUUCUACUGGUAUUACUUUCAUCAUUAACUGUUUGAUUUUUAGUAAUUAAACCUCUCGUUUUAAGGUUGAUAUCAGCUUGCGAUUGGUUUGUUACGUCUGCUUCUUUUUAUGUGAAAAGUUUAAUUUCCGGAGUAUUCUAAUUUCUUUAACAUCUACAGUUGAGAAAUUUAUAACCUAAAAAAGUUGUCUAUAAGCGACAUUAUAGACCGGAUAUAUAUCAAACAUAUUCAAAUAAUAUGUCUAAAGUUCAAAAGAACUAAUAAAGGUCCGCGGAAUUCUCAACUCUGUUUUAACUUAAUAGGCCUAUCAUUUAUUUUAAAAUAUGGGCUGGGGUCAGAAGCCUGUACGUUUUUCAUUAAAAAUACAAAGAACCACUAAAUAAUCGACCUCGUUUUCAGUGAUGUUUAACAUGUGACUAGAAUGGCGUACAUGCAUAGUAAAAUUUGCACGCGUUAUUCAUAAGACUUCUUAUAAAUAAUGUACGAUUUCAUAUUCCUAAUAUUGUCAACCUUUUAACAUUUAUUUGAGGGCAGCAUCUAGGCAGAUUUGACUGACACGCAAACGAUGCCGUCUCCUAUCUUCAGGCCACUAACUCUAACUGUUGCAUUAAAAAUACUGAUCAUUGAGUCCACUAUUGUUCACAAAAUCACAAGAUUUGAUCCAUCCGAUGAUCGUAACCACAGCUUACAGAUUUUAAUAACUAAUGUUAGCAUUGGGCAAACUUAAACCCUUAUCAAAAAGAAAGCCGGAUUUUAAUGCUUUCAUCUGCUCGCGCCAUGAUAUUUACGUUAUACAUAGCAAUAACCAGGUGAACGCGGAGAUUCGAUUCAAACAACCACAAAUGAACAGAUCAUGCAACCAAUAUGACUCUUAUUAAAGCGUACAGGAGACAUUGGCGUCUGCUAUUUAUGCAAACAAUUAGUUGACAGAGAUGGAAAUUAGCAAACUGAGAGCACAUGUCCUUACCAAGCCUACUUUUGAUAACUUGAACUGAAAAUACAAUACUUGUGACACAUUUUUAUGAAAAUAGAGUGUAGGCAAUUAGAAUCUGCCUUGGGAAUUGGAUGUUUAAGUCGAGUAACAUUGAAUAGUACACCAGAUAGGAUAAAGGAGAGAGGAAACAUUAAAAUAGGUCAAGACUUUUAACGGCGCAUAAGUUAUAACUGUCCUUUAAAAAUGGUCAGAAAAACGAGCACCUACGCGAAAAAACAGAACUGUCCGAGAUCCUCCAGUUUUUCGGGCUCCGUUAAGUUAGUUUCUAAAACUGGCUUUCUCAAGUCUCAUCGGUGUGUUGCUCAUGCCGGAUAGAAAGCUGCGACUGGGAAAUUUCGAGAGCUUUAUUGCCCGUUUACAGUCGUUUACCAUGACGAUUUGUAGUGGCUGACCUCUAACUGCAGUUAGUCCAGAAGUUUCGGCUUUUGGACGAUAACGGCACAAUCUGAACUUAUUUUUGCUGCUGAAUGAGCAGUGACUCUUUAUGAUAUCCGCGUUCUCAAGCAGAUCCACUGUGUCGGAUUUUCCUCCAGCAAAAUCUUCUCUCAUGUUGCUAUAUCUGGACCGAUAAGCGAAAGAACGCAAAAUAAAAGGUUUUGAGUAUAACUAACUGAGACCGAGUGGUGGUCAAAACACCGCCGCAUUUUGCACGAAGACAUCCCGAGUUAUCUAUGAGGAACAGUUAUUUUAGUCUAAAUAAUUUUUCUUAACCCAGCGCGUAUUCACAAUUCUAUUUUUUAAACUCGACAACACCAUUCCAUUAUAAAUAGGAAAAUGAAGUAGAAUUAACAUAUGACUAAGAGCUGUGGGUCAAAAUGCAAUGGUUUCUGAUCGCUAGAUCCAUGUUACUCUUUUUCUGUUGAUGAAGAGGACGGUAAAUCAAACUCGUCAGACCCGUUGUUGCCAAUCAAAGCGCGUGGCAAUAAAACAUUUUGCGAUCAACAGUUUUACGUCGAAUCAUAGAUAUCUUCAAAUAACUGCAUUUAACAUACAUGCGUCAUAAUGGCACUGUUAUAAGCAAAAGCUCGUGCUGACUUCAAAGUGCUUGACCACAGGUGUGAAGGAAGAACACAGUCUCUGCCAGUUCUGUGUUUCCGAAUGUCCGAUAAUAUUAUUGCCAAUUUACGUCAAAAGUUGCAUCUUUUCUCCCGGCACAAAAAGUAAAGUCUCAUAUUUCAAUAGAAGCGUUUACUGCAUGAUUAAUCUAAAUUCAAAAGCAUUUGCGUGACUUAUUAAGGUUGACAAUGCAUUUGGAAGAACAGUUGGUACUUACGAUAUAUGGGUAUAGUACGAUAGCAACCGGAGGACAGUUACAUUCUGACUUUUCGUUUCGAGUAUUGCAAUAACCACAUGUUCUUCCAAUAGGAAGUAAAUGACUUAAUGAUGUGAUUAUUUUACGCAUUUUAAGACUCCUAAGUUUGUAUAUCUCUCUUGAUGUAUUGAAUUAACUGUGAAUAUGCAUUUUUUAAAACACAAUGCGUACUUUCCUUCUUUAACAUACUAGCCACUCGUUAUUAAACGUUUGCAAAAGAGUAGUCCAAGACGCGUGGAUGAGUUUUUACGCAGGCCACCUGGGUAACAAUAUCAAGUUUAAAAGAUAAAAUUGUUCGGCUUAAGAAAAAAACAAGAUAUAUUUAAUUCCACUACCAGGUAAGCUGGAUGGCACAAUGAGCUUGAGAUGAUAGCAUUUGCUUACAUUUUUCACCGGCAUCGCAAACAUAAUUCGUUUUGACGCACGAUCACUUUCAUACCGCCAUAUUUUCCCCUCUUGGGCGUUAAGCUAAAUCUUUGCCGGGAUCAUAUGAAAUAUGUAUUUGGCGGUUGUAAGGAACAGUGUAUUUUCUCAAUUGUUAGCUCACACCGAGAUUAAUUUGAUCAUCUUCUUUAGGGAUUCGAGGCAUACAAACUUCCUGCUUUGGAGAUGGAGCAAAUAAUCAAAGAAGGCACGAUUUUGAUGGAAGUUGCGCUCCUUGAGGAAGACUUGGCACAGCUUGCCGAGAGGCAGAAACUUUUGAAAGGUAAAUGCAAUUUCAGUUCUCGUAGGCAGGGGUAACCGUGCAAUUUAGAAAAAAUAUAUGAGAUUUUCGUCGACUUCCUCCAGAAAGAUAACAUAGAGUCUUCAACAGAGCACCCUCUUCCCACAAACUGUUCAGGACACGUGGAGGCUUGA